GAUUCAUAAUUCCUACCCAUUCGACUUCCGUUCAAUAUGUGACCCCUUACGUCCAUCAGUUCCUUGUGGACCUUUGAUUGAAUCGGACGCGAAUCGGAAAGCAAAGAAGAGCACAUCACGCAAACAGGACACGAACCCUGCUUUUUGUUGCGCGCGGUGCCUCGUAUCAAAUUUAGUUCCCGGAAGAUUCAUUUUUCUUUCUAUUUCGUUUCCGCUGAACCGCCAAACUUGUUCCCCGUUUAUUUGACAAUAUUGUUUCGAACGCGAAUCUGGAGCUUUACAUACCCGUUCAUAGGAAUUCUACUAGCAGUACAAAUAUUCAGAAGAUCAAAAAAAAAAUGUUCCACCCAAGUGCCAUUGUUCUCAACCAUGAGUGCCAGUGAAUCGCAAUUACAGGUGAAUGUGAAUAGUGCAAAGAAAUCUGUCUGUUUUCUGUGGCCAUCUCGGUUGCUUCUUGCCCUACUAUGUUUCAAUCUACUGCCAACCAUUGUGGAAGCGGACGUCCCGGUCGUACAGCCGGAACGGUUCAGCCGACCAGCAUCGAAAGAUCCCAUAGCUGCCGGAUUCUAUCAGAGCAAAGAAAAGAACAGCCAGGAUGUCAAGGAUGCCUACAUGGAACAGCUGGCUAACGAGCUGAAAGGACGGAUGCUCAAAGUGACCACGCUGGAGGACUGGCCCCUGAGUUACACCGAGCGACAGAAUGGAACCCUGGUCGGGCGCGGUGUGGCCUUCGAACUGCUCGAGUUCCUCAUGGAAAAGUUCAAAUUCAACUACACGCUGGUAAUGCCCGAGCACAACAUUGUGGGCUCGAGCAACGACAUGCAGGGAAGUAUCAUCGAACUGUUGGCCACCGAGAAAGCGGACAUUGCCGUAGCGUUUCUACCCAUCCUGGCCGACGCCCGCCAGUACAUUCUCUACUCGGCCGGGCUGGACGAGGGCGAAUGGAUGAUGAUUAUGGUCCGUCCGAUGGAGUCGGCCAGCGGAUCUGGCUUGUUGGCUCCCUUCAAUAGGGACGUUUGGAUUUUGAUUCUGGUAUCGUUGCUGGCCGUCGGUCCGAUCAUCUACGGAAUGCUAAUUGUGCGGUACAAAAUGACCAAAGACAAGGAGCAGGUUUUGUACACAUUGCCCCACUGCGUUUGGUUUGUGUACGGUGCACUGAUGAAACAGGGCAGCACCCUGUCACCAACGGGAGAUUCCACACGCAUCCUGUUCGCCAGCUGGUGGAUAUUCAUAACCAUACUCACCUCUUUCUACACGGCCAACCUGACUGCUUUCCUGACGCUGUCCAAGUUCACGCUGCCCAUCAACAAUGCUGAAGACGUUCGUAAAAAGGAGAAACAAUUUGUCACCAUCCGCGGCAAUGCCAUCGAGUAUGCCAUCAAGAACAGCGACGAGACCCUCAACUCGCUGAGUUUUCUGGUGGACAAACACUUGGUCGAGUUCACCACUAACCUGAACGAUAGUGACAUCCUCAUGACAACGGUAUCCAAGAAGAACUACGUCUACGUACGGGACCGUCCGGCCAUCGAACAUCUGGUGUACAAGGACUAUCUCGUCCGCCGCAAGGUGAACCCCAUCAACGAACGCAGCCACUGUCCGUUCGCUACGGCUACGACGCCUUUCCUGAAACGGGUUCGCGCCUUUGCCUAUCCCAAUACCACACGGUGGAACACGCUGUUCGAUCCACAACUGCUCAACAUGGUCGAAGGAGGCUUGGUGAAAUUCAAACUUUUGGAAAAUCUACCGAAGGCUGAGAUUUGUCCGCAGAAUUUGGGCGGCACUGAGCGUCAGCUGAAGAACCGCGACUUGGUCAUGACAUACUUGGUGAUGUUGACGGGCUUUGCCACUGCGAUUGCUGUGUUUGUUUCAGAGAUGUUCUUCCGCAUCCUGAACGAGCGCAAGCUGAGCAAGGAGCUCUCGGAGGCCAAUCGGAACCGUUCGACCGAAGGGGUUACCUACGUGAACGCAAAGACGAUGGGUUAUGGUGAUUCACCGCCGCCACCGUACGCGGAAAUAUUCAGCCGCCAUGCCAGCGGUGGUGGAAGCAUGUUCGGAAGCAGCAUCGACAGCGGUAGUGGUGCCUCGCGGAGGAUGAUCAACGGCCGGGACUACAUGGUGGUGAAGGAACGGAACGGGAUCGGUUCGCAGCUCAUACCGAUUCGGGCACCGUCGGCUGCUAUAUUUCAGUAUACUUAUACGAACUAGGCGAGGCGUUGGGAUUGGGACUCUUGUGUGGUUAGGCAUUUAAGAUUUUGAAUCUAAGAGUCUGGAAUCGGAAGGGAUGGAAUCUAUAUAUACAAGCAGAAUUUCAAAGCCUAAAAAGUGCGAUUGGACUGGAGACGUCUUCAAAAUUCUUCACAGGUUUAAGACAGCGAAACUCGAGACGAGGCUAAAUAAUUAUGCUUUACUACGACAUGAUGUCGCUUAAACUUUUUAUCAGAGAUUUUGAUCAACCAUAGGUUGUUGAUUAUAGUUUUGUCAAAGAAAUUGUCAAUGGCAUUUAUUGGGUUGGACAUUACGGCCGCAUAUGAAUACAUUUAACGCAGGAAUCGAUACAUUUCAAGAUAACAAGCUUCUUGGCAUUGUGAUAAUCUAGCUUUGAGGAUAUUGAGUCAUUGUAAAAAAAAACAACAACAAAAACAUUCAGACCAAAAGUGGUGAUUUCAUCUUGUAAACCGUAGUUUAUUUACGAUUUUUUUUUAUAUCUUUUUUUUCGCGAGGAAU